AAUCUGUUCUACCUACCUCAUAUUUGCAUCAUCAAGCUGGUGGUAUCCACACGAACGUGAUGGCAUCGCACGCGCUUCUUGGUGGCGUGCAGCCCCCUCCGCCCAACGUGCGGGACGAGACUAUCCACUUGAUCAAGCUGGCUGCCCCCAUGAUGCUAAACUACAUGGUGGAGUCCCUUUAUGGCCCCAUCAGCAUUGGCCUCACGGGGCAUUUGGGCAUAGCUGACACGAAACCUUUCGUGGACGGAAUCACCAUGGGUUGUAUUUACAUGAUGGUGACCACCCACGCUGUGGGCCUUGGUCUGGGCAGCGCCUUGGACACAUUGGCUACCCAAGCGCACGGCGCCGGCAACUACAAGAAGAUGGGGGUGUACUUGGAAUGCGCGAUCUUGGGGACGGCGUUGGCGUACAUUCCAUCGGCGAUCGCGAAUUGGUACAGCAAGGAGGUGCUGGUGGCGCUGGGGAUCCAGCCGAUCGUAGCCGACUUGGCGAGCCAAUUCGUGCGGUAUACCACGCUUUCGAUGCCGUUUUACUUUAUGUACGACCUCGUUCGCAAGAUGCUCCAGGCCCACGACAUCGUGGCCCCCAUGGUCCCCAUGACCAUCCUCAGCAACGUCAUGCAUGUGGGGCUUGGGUUGUACUUGACCCAAGUGCGCAAGAUGGGCUUUGACGGCGUCGUCUUGGCCGGGUGUCUCAGUGAGACCAUCUAUCCGUUGAUGCAAUUCGUGUACUUGGUGUGCAUCAACCCCGUGCACAAGCAGUGGAAACUGCAGGGAAAUAUGCGGCUCGCCAUUGCGCACUUGCCCGAGUUUUUCCAGUUUGGGUUUCCGGGCAUGGCCACCAUGUUGAUUGAGAACGGCGCGUUCAGUAUCAUGGGGUUCAUGGCUGGCGAGCUCCCGCAUAGUCUCUUGCUCAUCGCAGUCAACUCGGUGCUCAUGCAAACCAUUACAACAGCGUUCCUCAUGUACAUUGGGUUUUCCAUUGCCACGACUGUCCGCAUGGGCAAUGCCAUUGGGGCUAACCAAGUCGACCACGCCAAAUGCAUCAUGCGCAUCUCGCUGGUGCUGACCGCGCUCUGCCUUGUCGUGACCACCGGUGGCAUGUUCUUGCUGCGGUAUCACAUUCCCCAGCUGUACGUGGCCGACCACGACGUGUGCGAGCGCGCGGCGGUGGCCAUCUUGUUUGCGCUGCCAUUGCACGCAGCGGAUUCGUUCAAUGCGAUGUGGCAAGCGAUGCUUCAAGCUGUGGGCAAACCUUCCUUGGCAGCGUACGUCAACGCCGUGGCGUACUACGUGGUGGGGUUGCCCUUGGCGGGGAUGCUGUCAUUUCGCUUGAGCUGGGGGCUGGAGGGGUUGUGGAUUGGGCUCACUGUAGGCGCAGUUUGUGCGUGUUCGGCCUACACCAUUGUGAUGGCUCGCUUAUCGUGGAACGACGUGCUCGAAGAAGCGAACGCUCGGACGGCGGACGAAGGCGACAUGGCGUUCUCGAAGACGUUGACAGCCGCCCCGCUGGCGUCAGAUGGGAACAACCUGCCUGUCGUCUUGUAUACGUAGGAAUACUUGUAUGGCAUUAUUAAUCCGAUGGCAACCAUCGUCAAUGUGUUUGGGAUGGCGCGCUUGACUGGAC